UCCAUCUCCUCUUUUGGCAUCCAUUGGGAUAGUCGAGGCAGCAUGGUCCGAGUGCGAGAUCCUGCUCGCCUCUUCAGUGGGCAGCCUCCGUUACUCGACGGCAGGUACAAGCGCGUAGAAGCCUUUCAUCCUUCCAAACCAGGAGGCAGACAGAGGACUUCCAACGAAGACGACGACGAAGAUGAUGACGACGAUGAUGACGAAGAGCAAGACAAUGAUAGAGGCGCUGACGGCAUCAAUAAGCGAACCAAUCCAUCAUCUCAAGGCCAAGAUGAAGAAGGUGGCUCCUCCUCAUCCUCUGACGAAUGGGAGUAUGAAGACCUCCCACCCCAACUUGUCCUCAUGGACCUAUCCGUCCCCACAUCCUCUUCCUCCUCUGCCAAUGCCAACACUACUCUCGCAUCCACUGAGCAAUCCCGCAAGAUUCUCUCUUCCUCCUCUCGAGCUGCAUGGAGCGUCGCAUCCCUACAUACCGCUCGUCCUCUCCUCAAGGUGGGCAACAUCAACUUCCUCGGCGAGUGGCAGGAGCUCGUGGGCACAGGGCUGGUUCUAGAGGAUACGAGGGACGCCACGCGACGCUUCCCCUUCCAGCGCCAUCCGCAGCCAUUGAGACCAGAAGUCGGGGGAAGUAUGACGCAACAGGUCGUCAGAUUCAGGCAGGCAGUCAAUGUCGAGGCGAGGGAGAGGGAGAGAGAGCAAAGGGUUGGCAGGACAAAGGCCAUGAUUCAGGCAGAGCUCAGGGCUGCCGAGCAGGCCGCUGCUGCCAACUCUGCCGAAGUAGCAGGGGCUACAAGACAGGUCCGAUUUGCAGACCAAGAAAUGGAAUCAGAGGAAGGAGGUGGCCCUGUCAAUGCUACAGCGGCUACUGGAGCUCAAGGAGGAGGCGAAAGUCACGUUGAUGUAGACGACACGGCAGACACCACUACCGACCCUGCACAACAAGGAGCGACAGCCACUCGCGGAACAGGUCGAGGACGAGGAAGACCGCGUGGCCGACCGGCCAAGACCAUCGCCCAAAGAGUGCAGUCAGCCAUCGAGAAAUCGCUCCGGGUUACGCAAGACCCAGGUGAAGACAACGAUCAGAGGACCCCAGCAGCAUCGGCAGCACCAGCCGGAGCAAGCGCCUCAGCCGGUCCAUCCGGUUCUGCCACUGCCCCCAUUGCCGCAACGGACAAUACGAACACCGCCGCUCGAGCCCCCAGCCGCAAAGUGAUCAAGAUGCUCAAGCGUGAGGCAGAAUAUCGCGAGAAGAGGCAGAAGGAGAGGGAGCAGCAGGCUAGGGAGAAGCCCGCGGGGCAUGGGCUACAAGACGAUGACAUUGACCCCGAUCAAGAGUCACAAGACGACCUGUUCGCCCUUGGGGAGAUGUGUCCCGACGCUGGAGUGCAAAAAAUGGAGCAAGACAUUAGAGCGAGGAAGCGGGAACUGCGAAGGAGGAAGGCGGGACUGCGUCCUGGGACCAACACCAGCACCGAGGAUGCGCGACAGGCGGUCGCACAGGAUGAGGCAGCAGAGGGGGACUACGGGGAUGAGAACGAAGAUUGGGAGGACGAAGAGGACGACGAGCCUCGGACGCCGAAGAGGAAGCCGGGUAGACCAAAGGGUAGCAAGAACAAGCCCAAGCCAGCAGAUAGGUUGCCCAUCGAUGACGAUGCGAGACAGCAGAGUGCAGGGACAGCGGCAGGAGAUGAGGCGCCCGCUGGCGUGGAGGGAAUGAGCAGUGCACAAGGUGGGGAGGGAGACGGCGCUGAUGCCGGCCAGACGGGACAAGAGGGCGAGCCUCGCAGCGAGGACAUGGAUACCAGUUGAUCAACCCACAGUCCUUCCCGGAAACGAGGCGUCUUGACGCCCUCAACUACAUCUCAGUCUUUGACACAAUAUUCACAAGGGUGCGGAGUUACCCCUCAUCAAUGUAAAAUUACAGAUAAAAAGAAAAAGUCACGAGCGGAGCAAAAGGACA